CGCCUUGAUUGGUGGUCGUUACCAGUUAUACCAUGGGUCUGCAAUCAGUGAGCGGUUAGCGAGAUUAUCAAUGUAACGAAUAAAUGCGAAGGGUUGCCUCGGCAAUGCUAUUAAGAAGCUGUUGCUCUGACAGAAUGACGUCUAGGAAGAAAGUUCUACUCAAAGUGAUCAUUCUGGGAGACUCUGGAGUUGGGAAGACCUCGCUGAUGAAUCAAUAUGUCAAUAAGAAGUUUAGUAAUCAGUACAAAGCAACAAUAGGAGCUGAUUUCCUGACGAAAGAGGUGAUGGUCGAUGACCGACUCGUCACAAUGCAGAUAUGGGAUACCGCAGGCCAGGAGCGAUUCCAGUCUCUAGGAGUAGCAUUCUACCGCGGCGCAGACUGCUGUGUUCUGGUGUUUGAUGUGACCGCUCCAAACACCUUCAAGACCCUAGACAGCUGGAGAGAUGAGUUCCUGAUUCAGGCCAGCCCUCGUGAUCCAGAAAACUUCCCUUUUGUGGUGCUGGGCAACAAGAUAGACCUUGAGAACAGACAGGUGACAACCAAGCGUGCACAAGCAUGGUGCCAGAGCAAGAACAACAUCCCCUACUUUGAGACAAGCGCCAAGGAAGCCAUUAAUGUGGAGCAAGCCUUUCAGACCAUAGCACGCAAUGCCCUAAAGCAGGAAACAGAGGUGGAGUUGUACAACGAGUUCCCUGAGCCUAUCAAACUGGACAGAAAUGAGCGGGCCAAGCCUUCAGCGGAGACAUGUAGCUGCUAAGGACCUGGAACCCUUGGGUGGAUGGGGGGUCUCUGCUGUAGACCCUCACCCCCUCUGGCCUUGUCUCUCCCCUCUGCCAACCACACAUUCUCUAUCCCUACCCUGACACCCCCCCCCCCUACUUUCCCCAAUAUUAUAACUGGCCUUUGUAGAGCAAGCAGGCUUCCUCUCGUAGAGUACACCGUACACGUUAAUGCACUCACAUCCAUAUACUCAAAGACACUUAAGCUCAAAAGGCUAACAUAUAAGCUCGAAGACCACCUAAAUAUGUCAAAACCUUUUGGUAACUAUGUGUGUGAUUAUCUUAAAAAUAAUAGCCCUUUUAACCCCUGUUGUUACAACUCUGGACACCUGUUUUCUUUUCUUGCCCUCUGUGUGUGAAGUUCACGUCCCCGUAACACUUGAAAGGGGGGUUAGGGGCUUCCUUGUGGAUUUGCUCCCAAACUGUAAAAUGGAGAAUUGAGAUGUAAAGGAUGAAGGAUAAGUAAUUGAUCUCGGUGUGAGCUGAGGGUGUGGAAACGCAUCUACGGCCACAUGUGCAGCUCUAAGACAUGCGUGGAUGCUAACGUGAAUGGUCUCAGAGGUGAACUGGGUGGCAAGAUGGGGGGUGUUGGAGAGGGGGGGGGGGGGAGCCUGAAUGCUUUUAAUUUCUGCACUUUGUUGACUUGUAGACCUUUAACAAAGCACCUCAUUUGCAGCUAAUACAGAUGUAGAACUACCAUUUCAGUUCAAACUAGGGUUAGAGGUAUGGAUUUAAAACACUGCCCUGAUCACUGAGUAAUGCUUACCUGCUUAUCCUAAUGUGCCCUACCUUUUUAAGCUUUCGUCAUUGGUCUCCUUUAUUCUUCUAACUGAUUCUUAGUGAUUGGACAGGUCAGGACAGGUUUAAUAACCUAGCUGACCAAUCACAAAUUCCUGGACUGGUUGGGUGAUGUUUUAUGUCAUGUGAUUUCAAACCAUCAAGACACUUGUGCUAUGGCUAGUGGAAAGGGGUCCUGGCCUGUCAUCCUAUGCCAUACUGAGCUGUACCUGUAGAUGAACUCUGAAUAAGAAGGAACUAAUCAAAUGCCCAAAUCAAAUAGCCAAUCACAAAUCAGGGAGGAAAGCAAAAUGUGUUUUUUUUUUUUCCUUUGUGUAUGAAUACGACUCACUACUACUACUACUACUACUAGUGCUAGUAGUACUAUGAUACUAGUACUACUAUAUUGUCUACUUUUUUAUUGUCUACUUUCAUGUCAUAAGACUUUGUAUAACUGCAAAUCUGUUCAUUUGUCGAUCUGUGGCAAAAGCCAGCUGUUUCGGUCUUACCAUAUCUCACUCUGUGUCUGAAGGUAGCUCAGGUUGGCAAAGAAUUUAAGUGCUUGAUAUCACUUGGAUCUUUUACUAUCUGUUCGUACAUUAUUAUUAUUGUUAUUAUUAUUAUUGAAAAUUUGACUUGCAUUACAUAGACAAAAAUACAGAACUUGAUAAAAGGAUGGGGAAAAUGUUAAAACAUUCGUCAUUGAAAUUAAACCACAUAUGCACAACAUACACAUCGUUUGGGAAAUAUAUGUAUUUCAAAGUAAUAAUGAGAAUAAAAAUGUUGUUGAAUAAA